AUGGCGACAGAUGCUAAUAAUAAAAUUUAUCCAGUAGCCUUCGCCGUUGUCGAGAGCGAGAGCACAGAGACUUGGGGUUGGUUCUUGGCUUGUAUAAGAACGGCAGCAAGUGCUACCCAGGAGCGAAAGUUCAAUACCACCUUCGAGUUAAUUGAGAAUGUCAACCGGGAUGCGCACCAAUAUCUAAAGGAUGUGCCCAAAGAGAAAUGGGCUCUAAGUUUUGACAAGGGUUAUCGUUAUGGGGCAAUGACGACAAACGUCUCUGAGUGCUUCAAUGGUUUUCUAAAGGGUGCUCGUAGCUUGCCCAUUACGGCAAUGGUGAAAUACACAUGGUUCAAAUUGAAUUCUUACUUCGAUGAUCGUCGCAAUAAGAGCAUAGCACAGUCAAAUUCGGGACAAAAAUGGACUAAAUAUGCCUUGCAUAUCUUCAUGAGAAAUAAGGCGAAGGUGGAGCGUCAUAGGGUGACAAGAUUGAGCGCGCAACAACAAUCAUAUCAAGUAGAUACACCGCAUAAUCCAGAGAGUGCUGGACAUGGGGAUCACACACAUGGAGUUAAUUUGUUGCAAAGAAGUUGCACAUGUCAAAAAUGGAAGUUGUACAAGAUACCAUGUUCACAUGUCAUUGCAGUUUGUAUUAGGUAUCGACAUGAUGCAGAGCAAUACAUUGACCCAUGCUAUAGCGUGGAUGCACUGUUUCGGAGCUAUGCUCCCAUUUUCCCUGCGUUGAAAGAUAGAUUAUCAUGGCCGGAUCCUGAAGAAACUCGAAGGGUCCUCCCUAACCCCCGAUUGAUUCGAGAGAAAGGCCGCCCUGUCUCAACACAAAUCAGGAAUGAGAUGGACGAGAGUGGGAGACGGCCGAGAACCACACCGUGGAAGGAGGGGGGGAGGAAGGUGCAAUGCGGGUUGUGUGACCAAAAGGGGCAUAACCGAAGAACAUGCCCUAAGCGGAAUGAGGUACCGACAAGUGGUGGUGUCGCAGACUAG